AUGGUCAGCGAGGUAUGCGCAGUAUCAUCAUCAGCGCAUCGUAGCUGCCGUCGGACUCAGAGCAAAGCGUUCUGCAACGGUUUGGAGGCAAGUAGGAGGACUGCUGACCGCUCUCACGCAGCGCUGCAAGGUGCCUAUGCCGCAGAGCUUGUCGAGCGAGAUGGAAGGGCUGAAGGACCAGCUCAGUCCAUUUGGGAUCGUUCAGUUUGCAGCGGAGUCUUGUGUUCAGGCUUCCAUGGCAUCUGCACUAUCCAGGCAAAUGAACAUUUGACACGUCCAAACAUUCGAUGCGCCGCUUUACCCUCUCCAAGCCAAAAUUGCACAAAUUGCAUCUACGCGCUGAGGUUCAAGAUGUGGAUUGAGUGA